GCCGGGAGCCGAAUGCCUGUGCUCACGGAAGUGGCCCGGCGGCGGCGCGCCGGGCCCGGGCAGUGCUUGCUCCUGCUGGGGCGCUGCGGUAGCGCCCGGGUCCCGGCGUCGCCAUGGCCAGCGAGCUGGACAUCUUCGUGGGGAACACGACCCUCAUCGACGAGGACGUGUAUCGCCUCUGGCUGGACGGUUAUUCGGUGAGCGACGCGGUGGCCCUGAGGGUGCGCUCGGGAAUCCUGGAGCAGACCGGCGCCACAGCAGCGGUGCUGCAGAGCGACACCAUGGACCACUACCGUACUUUCCAAAUGCUUGAGCGCCUGCUACACGCCCCGCCCAAGCUGCUGCACCAGCUCAUCUUUCAGAUCCCGCCCUCUCGACAGGCGCUGCUCAUCGAGAGGUACUAUGCCUUUGACGAGGCCUUUGUGCGGGAGGUGCUGGGCAAGAAGCUGUCCAAGGGCACUAAGAAAGACCUGGAUGACAUCAGCACCAAAACAGGCAUCACCCUCAAGAGCUGCCGGAGACAGUUUGACAACUUUAAGCGAGUCUUCAAGGUGGUGGAGGAAAUGCGGGGCUCCCUGGUCGAUAACAUCCAGCAACACUUCCUCCUGUCCGACCGGCUGGCCAGGGACUAUGCAGCCAUCGUCUUCUUUGCCAACAAUCGCUUUGAGACAGGGAAGAAAAAACUGCAGUAUCUGAGCUUUGGGGACUUUGCCUUCUGUGCUGAGCUCAUGAUCCAGAACUGGACCCUUGGAGCCGUCGGUGAGGCCCCCACCGACCCAGACCCCCAGGCGGAUGACAUGGACAUGGACUUAGACAAGGAGUUUCUCCAGGACUUGAAGGAGCUCAAGGUGCUUGUGGCUGACAAGGACCUUCUGGACCUGCACAAGAGCCUGGUGUGCACUGCCCUCCGGGGAAAGCUCGGGGUCUUCUCUGAGAUGGAAGCCAACUUCAAGAACCUGUCCCGGGGGCUGGUGAAUGUGGCCGCCAAGCUGACCCACAAUAAGGAUGUCAGAGACCUGUUUGUGGACCUUGUGGAGAAGGUGAGCUGUCCUGCCCGCUGCCCUCUGAUCCCCAUCCUGGCCUGUCCCUGGGCUGUACCAGUGCUAGAUGUUACCUCGGACCCACAGUUCGUGGAACCCUGCCGCUCCGACCAUUGGCCGUUGAAUGAUGUGCGACUCUUCCUGAAUCAGUAUUCGGCAUCGGUCCACUCCCUGGAUGGCUUCCGGCACCAGGCCCUCUGGGACCGCUACAUGGGCACCCUCCGUGGCUGCCUCCUGCGACUCUGUCAUGACUGAGGCCCCCUCCCCCUGCCCUGCCCACAUUGACAAUAAAGUUGCCAUGACUUUG